AUGGCCGCCUACAAGAACGUUGCCCUCGUCGGUGCUAGUGGAAGCAUUGGCAAGAUCAUCCUCCAUGGUCUUCUUGCAUCGGCAAAGUUCAACAUCACCGUCUUGUCUCGUAAGGAGAGCGAGGCGACUUUCCCCGCCGGCGUCACCGUCCGUAAGACGGACUACUCAGAGGCAGACCUUGAGGCAGCAUUCAAGGGACAGGACGUUGUCAUCUCAGCUCUCGGUGCCAUGGGAUUUGGCGAGCAGAAGAAGCUUGUCGAUGCUGCCGUUCGAGCUGGUGUUCAGAGGUUCCUCCCAUCGGAAUUCUCGGCUAGUAGCCAAGAUGAAGCGGUGCUGCACUUGCUGCCUCUAUUUGAACAGAAGAAAGAGCUCAUCGAGUAUUUAAAAACAAAGGAGACUGAAGGUCUGUCCUGGACCGGCAUCGCCACGGCAAUGUUGCUCGACUGGGGGAUGGAGAACGGCUUCCUCGAAUUUGACAUCGCAAACCGUACCGCAACCAUCUGGGAUGGCGGUAACACGAGCUUCACUCUCACCAAUGAGAAACAGCUGGGCGAGGCUGUGGUUUCCGUAUUGCAACAUCCUCAAGAGACCAGCAACAAGUACCUGUACAUUGCUUCUGUUGAGACCACACAGAACAGCAUCCUGGCCGCGCUGGAGGAAAACACUAGGACAAAGUGGACUGUCAAUGCCACCACAACCGAGGAGCAAGUAGGCGAGGGUGUCAGGAAGCUUGAUGCGGGCGACUUCAGCGGUGCCUUUACUCUCGUUCGCGCCACCAGCUUUGGUAACAUUCCAGGCCUGCGGGCGAACUAUGCCAAAGAUGAGACCUUGGCCAAUGGUAUACUGGGCCUAGAGUUGGAAUCCGUGAAGGAUACUGUCGAGCGGGUUGUUGCAAAAUAG